AUGGAGUUGGGAGUAACAGAAGCGGUUCAGAAGCAUGUCCACCGUCAUGUAAUCGAGAGGCAUCCUGUUACCCAAAGACGCCUGGCUUUCGAACAUUCCAGGCCCAGGCUUCUGCGAGAAAUGGCAGCUGAAGCAACCGGAGUGUUUAUCUACGUCUAUCCCGGGAUUGCAUCUACCGCCUCAUUUACGCUCAAUCACAUGGAAGCCCAAUUCAGUUCGAUCUUCCAGAUCGGCUGGGCGUACGCACUUGGCAUAGCGUUUGCUAUCAUCACUUCUGCUGCAACAUCGGGUGGUCAUUUCAGUCCGGGUAUCACGCUUUCCCUCGCUAUCUUUCGUGGCUUCCCUUGGAAGAAAGUCCCCUUCUACAUCGCUGCCCAGAUUUUCGGUGCUUUCCUCGCUGGUGUCCUCUUAAUGGGACAAUACCACGAGCAAAUCUCUCUGUACGCGGCGACGACCACGAAGGCCGGUCUGGGCACUGUAUUCAAUGGAGGCCCAGCCAGCAUUUUGGUCACUCUGCCUAUGCCAACCCAGACUAACCAAGGAUCUCUCGUCCUGAUCGAGUUCUUCGUCGAUACUUUCUUGGGCCUGGUUAUCUGGUCUGUCCUCGACCCUGGCAACCCGUUCAUUCAUCCAGCUGGCGCCCCCUUCGUUGUUGGUCUUGCAUACGCUGCUAUGAUCUGGGGCUUCGCUCCCGCCACCAUCUCGACGAACAUGGCUCGUGAUCUCGGUUGUCGCCUCGCCGCCGCCGUCUUCUACGGAUGGGAUGUUUUCAGCUACAUGAACUACUCGUGGAUCUCCAUCAUCAUCAACAUCCCGGCCACGUUGGUUGCCGUGUCUUACUAUGAGGUUGUGAUGCGUGAUAGUUUGGAUCGAAUCGCGAAGGGCGUCACUCGACAUGAGAGCGGAGACGAGGGCUUGUACCGCCAUCUGAGCAAGACUGGCAAACUUGACCGCUUGGCUACAGAGCUCAGUCUAGGAGUGUAA